AUGCGAUGCCACAAGAUCAAUCCCCUCCUCAAAUCCCUUUCUUCCUGCUUGAUCAUGAUCCAAUUGCUCGAGACAUGCAUCGGGAAGAAGACUUCUCCCCACUGCCCACCUUCCUCCUGCGGCAAUAUUCUUAAUAUUAGCCACCCUUUCAGGCUGAAAAAGGACCCUAAACACUGUGGUAACACAGAUUAUGAACUAGCCUGCGAAGAUAAUACCACCUUCGCACAUUUUGACUCUCAAAAAUACAUUGUCCGGUCUAUCAAUUAUCCAAACCGCACAAUCCGCUUAUCUGAUGCUUCUAUAAUAGAGAAUGACAGUUGCUCUUUCCCAACAUACCAUCAUCUAUCUCCAUACGACCUUAUAAAUAUUACCAGCGGUAGAUAUUCAAUUACACGCUAUGUUAAAUCUUCAUUUCACCCAGUUAUGAAUUUUCCCAGGAAAUAUCCAUAUGGUUUCAACGAGUCCGUUACCAAAAACUUGAUUGUCAUGACUUGCCCAUAUCGACUGAAUAGCUCACUUCUUCUGGAAGUAGCUUCCGAUUGUGGCCACAUGGAUCACAUGUACAUGAAGUCUGGCCAUUUUAAUGGAUCGUGGUUCACGGAUAAUUGUACGAUAGAUCUCAUGGGGAAGACUUCAAAAUUGCCAGUAGUACCCAACGGUGAAAACAGUGUUUCGCUUUCAGAAAUCCACAGUUGUCUACUGUAUGGGUUGGAACUUUCAUGGUUCGACGCGCCUUGUGGUGGCAAGUGUGCAUAUUGCUUUGUUGACGGCAAACAAGCCACGUGUAUGUUGGUUUGA